CAACGAUCUUCACAAUGUCGACCUCGGUGCCCGCAUACGAAAGCGUCCUCCAGCCGGAGACUCUUCUCAAGAAGAGGAAGACCGAUGAGGCGAAGAGACAGGAGAAGAUCGCCAAGGCGGCAGAGCUCCGCAAGGCUCGCAAGAACAAGCGCCAGGUCAUCUUCAAGCGUGCUGAGCAGUACGUGAAGGAGUACCAAUCAAGGGAGCGCGAAGAGAUCCGUCUGCGCAGGCUGGCCAAGUCUCAAGGCGAGUUCUUUGUCCCCGCGCAACCAAAGGUCGUCUUCGUCAUCCGCCUUCGUGGUAUCUGCAACAUUGCCCCGAAGCCGCGAAAGGUUCUUCAGCUGCUUCGCCUGCUCCAGGUCAACAAUGGCGUCUUCGUCAAGUUGACCAAGGCCACCUCCCAGAUGCUCCAGAUUGUGGAGCCAUACGUGACUUACGGCGAGCCCAAUGUCAAGACCAUCCGGGAUCUUGUCUACAAGCGUGGCUACGCCAAGAUCAACAAGCAGCGCAUUCCUAUCACCGACAACAACCUCAUUGAGAAGGAACUGGGCAAGUUCGGCAUCAUUAGCAUCGAGGACAUCAUUCACGAGAUUGCAACUGCCGGUCCGAACUUCAAGGCUGUGACUCAAUUCCUCUGGCCGUUCAAGCUGUCAAACCCCAAUGGCGGGUUCCGUGCUCGCAAGCUCAAGCACUUUGUUGAGCAGAACGGUGACACCGGUGACCGGGAGGACCACCUUCCUGCCCUUGUCAAGAAGAUGAUCUAAGGACUGAGCUGUGGCGAAUGACCCUACAGCAGCCUCAGUCGUGGCCCCCGUAGCAAUAUGGCUGCUUUGAACGAGCAGCCGGGUGUCUUUUAGCAGCGCUUUGCAGCCUCAGCGGCACCGGCGAGAAGGAUGCAUUUGGGGCAAUGUGUUCAGACUGCGCGCUCCAGGCGUGCAACACGAGUAGAGGUAGGGCAAGG